CUCGAUCAAGCCCCGGCCCACACCCCAGAAAGAAAAUUUCAUGGCGCGAAUUUCUGCGAUGGUUCUGAUUCUGAAGGACCAAAACCCAAAAAAGAGGCCAACUAGAAACCAUCCUCCACAUUCUCUUCUCGAGUUCGACCUUUGCGUGCUAGUUGCUACCCGUGGCGCCUCGAAAUUUCUCUUUCUCCCCUCUCCUUCGCUCUGUUUUUUAUACCGUUGGUUAAUUGCCCUUUCGCUGCCGAACACAUUAGCGCUCCGGAUUCGGGAAUCGGGUCUGGUUUUAUGCACUGAGCCGGAAGGACGACCAACUUUAACGUCUCGCCGUAGUCGUGGGUUCGGGGCAGCAGUGGUUGAUUACUGACUAAUCUUCCUGCUAGCAAGAGUCGCGUUUUUGUUUCUAGGUCUGUAUGCUAGCGGUGAUGAUUUGAGUAUUAGAAGAAACCCAGAUUCGGGAUUGUGCUUCUUUGGAAUUUUGGUGAAGAAACAUCCUCGGUAAAGAAUUUCAGAUUUCGAAACAGAGUUUCUGUUCUCCCAUGGCUGCGAGUGUAGCAACAGGAAGCAGCAACCUCCAUUCUGGAUUCAAUACCAGCAGGCGUCUUCAGGGCGGUAGACAAUUAGCCUGUACUAACUCCCCAGCGCUUUCCUUCAAUGGAUGGUUGCACAAGGAUCUUUCAUGGUCUCAAGUGGCAUUCAAGGUCUUGGAGAUGCCAAAAAAAUGCAAUCUCUCUCAAUCAGCUGUGACAAGGAGGCUCAGUGUGUCAUCCUGCAUUGGAGAUGGUGGUUCCACAAAGUAUUUUGAUUUUGCAGUCAUUGGAAGUGGGGUGGCUGGCCUCCGGUAUGCUCUUGAAGUCGCAAAGCAUGGAACUGUUGCAGUCAUCACCAAGGCCGAGCUUCAUGAGAGCAAUACAAAUUAUGCUCAAGGUGGUGUUAGUGCUGUUUUGUGUCCUAAAGACUCUGUAGAGAGCCACAUGCAGGACACAAUCGUAGCUGGAGCUUAUCUAUGUGAUGAAGAGACUGUCAGGGUUGUGUGCACAGAAGGCCCCGAGAGGAUUAGAGAGCUUAUAGCCAUGGGAGCAAUGUUUGACCAUGGGGAGGAUGGCAAUUUGCAUCUAGCAAGGGAAGGAGGGCACUCCCAUCGGAGGAUUGUCCAUGCUGCUGAUAUGACUGGUAGGGAGAUCGAGCGAGCUUUGUUGCAGGCAGUUAUCAAUGAUCCUAAUAUCUCCGUCUUCCAACAUCAUUUUGCUAUAGAUCUGCUAACUUCACAGGAUGGCCCUGACACAGUUUGCCGUGGUGUUGAUACUUUGAAUACUGAAACACAAGAGGUAGUCCGAUUUCUUUCAAGGGUCACAUUACUUGCAUCUGGUGGAGCUGGGCAUAUCUAUCCUUGCACAACAAAUCCCCUGGUGGCUACUGGAGAUGGGAUGGCAAUGGCUCAUAGAGCUCAAGCUGUGAUUUCGAAUAUGGAGUUUGUGCAAUUUCAUCCAACUGCUUUGGCCGACGAAGGGCUUCCGAUAAAACCCAAAAAAGCCCGAGAGAACGCCUUUCUCAUUUCCGAAGCUGUCAGAGGUGAUGGAGGCAUUCUGUACAAUUUAAGCAUGGAAAGGUUCAUGCCAAAAUAUGAUGAGAGAGCUGAGCUAGCUCCCCGUGAUGUGGUAGCUAGAGCAAUCGAUGAUCAGCUUAAGAAACAUAAUGAUACAUAUGUUUUGCUUGACAUAAGCCAUACGCCAAGAGAAAAGAUCUUAUCCCACUUUCCCAACAUAGCUGCAGAGUGCCUCCAGCAUGGGCUGGACAUUACUCGGCAGCCCAUUCCUGUUGUUCCGGCUGCACACUACAUGUGUGGUGGAGUCCGUGCUGGGCUUGAGGGUGAGACAAACGUGCGAGGUCUUUAUGUGGCAGGUGAGGUUGCUUGCACUGGUUUGCAUGGAGCAAAUAGACUUGCUAGCAACUCGUUGCUUGAGGCACUAGUUUUUGCUAGAAGAGCUGUCCAGCCCUCUAUUGAUCACAAAAAAAGUUCUAGCCUUGAUCUCAGUGCUUCAAGUUGUUGGGCUCGCCCUGUAGUCCCCAAUGCUCUCGGAACUGAUACGAUGGAUACCAUAUUGGGCAAAACCGAGGAAGUGAGGAGAGAACUGCAAUCAAUUAUGUGGAGGUAUGUUGGGAUUGUUCGCUCAACAACAAUGCUAAAAACUGCCUUAGAACGAGUGGAUGAGUUGGAAACACAGUGGGAGAAGUUCUUAUUCGAGCAGGGCUGGAAGCAGACAAUGGUGGCUCUCGAGGCUUGUGAAAUGAGGAACCUCUUCUGUAGUGCGAAACUGGUGGUGGGCAGCGCGAUGGCUAGGCAGGAAAGCCGAGGGCUCCACUACACCAUCGAUUUCCCACAUGUCCAGGAAAGUAUGAGGCUGCCAACAGUGAUUUUCCCUUCCGCUGCUGUGAAUGAAAUGGACUCAAUGAAGCUGCUGGUCGGAGUGUUUGGGACUCUAGUGCUGAAAAUGGUGACAGAUGUGACCCUGGUGGGAUCUCAUGCUGACGUGCGGAACUGCAAGUUCCCGGCUAUGUACAACUUUGGGGACUCUAAUUCUGAUACUGGAGGAAUAUCUGCAGCUCUAGGAGAGAUCCCUCCACCGAAUGGAGAAACCUUCUUCGGGCAUCCUUCAGGAAGAUCUUGUGAUGGCCGUCUCAUCAUAGAUUUCAUUGCUGAGAGACUGAAGUUGCCAUAUCUUAGCGCAUACCUGGACUCAGUCGGUACAGACUUCAGACAUGGUGCGAAUUUUGCAACCGGAGGCUCAUCGAUUCGUCCAGGUGGCUAUAGUCCAUUUCAUUUGGGUGUGCAGAUUUCUCAGUUCAAGCAGUUCAAAGCUCGGACGAACAGACUUCGUAACCAGAGGCAUCUUCCAAGGGAAGUGGAAUUCUCAAAAGCUCUCUAUACAUUCGAAAUUGGACAGAAUGACCUCGCCUAUGGCUUCCAACACUCUUCAGAGGAAGAUGUCUGGAAGUCGAUACCAGAUAUUCUCAACCAGUUUGCAGAGGCAGUUAAGCAACUUUACAAGGAAGGUGCAAAGUUCUUCUGGGUGCACAACACAGGACCCCUUGGUUGCUUGCCAUAUUCCGUUAUAUACAACUCCGACCCUAACAACUUGGACGGAAAUGGCUGUGUGAAGUCUCGCAACAAUGCUGCUCAGGAGUUCAACAGACAACUCGAGCGCAAACUCUCCCAACUGAAGGAGCAGCUACCCCGUUCGUCUUUCACAUAUGUUGAUGUGUACUCAGCCAAGUAUCGACUGAUUAGUACGGCCGAAAAUCAAGGUUUUGUUCAUCCGAUGGAGUUCUGUUGCGGGAGCUACUACGGCUAUCACAUCGAUUGUGGGAAGAAAGCUGUGGUGAACGGGACGGUGUAUGGUAAUCCAUGCACGGAUCCUUCGAGGCACGUGAGCUGGGAUGGAGUACACUACUCAGAGGCUGCUAACUUGUGGGUGGCUAACAGGAUACUCAACGGCAGCCUAUCUCGCCGGGCUGUUUCAGUUCAAGAGGCUUGUAAGCAUAUCUAGGAUCAGAACACCUCUCACUUUCUCGUUCAUAUUCGUUUCAGCAAAUCUAGUUUGAAUAGAGUAAAAUCAGCAGAUCUGGUACGUCGGUCUUGAAUAAGCAUGUAUGCUGCAGAUGUAGCUUUUCUUCUUCUAUAGAAUGUGUGCUUCAAAAUCAAAAAAUUCUGAUAGAUUAAGAUGCAAAUAGUUUCCGACAUAAGUGAGCACUAGACUGAACAAGUUAACACUACAUUAUCACAGCAGAAUGCCAGAAACCAACAAAUAAAGGCCUACAGUGCAGUGGAAUGAAGACUAUGAAAACGAGACCAAGCUAGCAGUAGUCAUUGGAACUUGGAAUGCCAUUCUGUUCGUUGACGAUGAUCUUACGAGGCAUGAAGUACUCGGGUUCUGUAUUCUCCCAGUGCCCAAAUUGGGAAAAUGUCUCUGUAAGCUGC